CUGUAUUGUUUGUAUAUAGAGAAUUUUUACAAGAGAGGAAAAAUAGCUUAAAAGAUAGAUGAAAAAGGAAAGGAUGAUGUUUUGUGGGGUUUUGUCGUUUUUUUUAUAUAAAUUUUUUCCUUUGAUGGUGGCGACUAAUAAAGGGACACAACCCCAAAACAAAUCAAUCACCAUAAAAAUAAAAUUCUAAUUUUUGGGUUUUUCCUGGAUAUUUUUCUUCAUUUUUAGCUUUCUGGGUUUUUGUUCUUUUGAUUAUUCAAAGGAUCAGAUCACAAAAAAACAAAAAAACUACAUGUUUUAAAUGUUUACUUGAUCUGAUUUCCUUCCGGUUUCUGUAAUAUUUAAGCAAAAAAAAAAAAAAAAGUUCCAAGUUCUUUGCUUGCCAAUUUGGAACGAAGAUCCUCAUCAUGGUGAGGGGAAAAACACAAAUGAGGCGCAUAGAGAACAAUACAAGCAGGCAAGUUACAUUCUCAAAGCGACGAAAUGGGCUACUAAAGAAAGCUUUUGAACUAUCAGUUCUUUGUGAUGCUGAAGUUGCUUUAAUCAUCUUCUCUCCUAGAGGCAAGCUCUUUGAAUUUGCAAGCUCUAGCAUGCAGCAAACUAUAGAACGUUAUAGGCGGCAUACAAAGGAUAACGAAACCAAUAAGCCAAUUGAACAAAACCUGCAGCAUCUAAAGACUGAAUCAGCAAACAUGUUGAAGACAUUAGAAGAUCUUGAAAUUUCAAGAAGGAAACUACUUGGAGAGAAUUUGGGUUCAUGCACACUUGAAGAAUUACAAGAGAUAGAACAGCAAUUACAAAAGAGUGUGAGCAUCAUCAGAGCAAGAAAGACACAAAUUUUCAGGGACCAGAUUGAACAAUUGAAAGAAAAGGAGAAAGCCUUAGCUGCUGAAAAUGAAAAGCUUUGUGAAAAGUUGUUCAUGUCUCAGUGUGGAACAAAAUCAUGGAAAAGAUUGAGCGAGCAAGAAGACAAUGUACCGUAUGACGAAAGCAGUCCAAGCUCGGACGUUGAGACCGAACUGUUCAUCGGACUGCCGGAAGGUAGAACGAGACGGAUCGUGCAACUCAAUUGAUGGAUGAUACAACAAAGUCAAUCCCAUGCAAAUAUGAAUAGAAAAGGCAAAAGGUUUUACGUAUUAAAUCAUACAUUAGUUUUCAAAUAAAAUUGGUGCCAGCAAUGGUAUAAAAAAAUUUGCUUGGCAGAAAAAAACUACCAUGAACAAUGAUCAAGGAUUUGCUACAUAAAAAUACCUUUUAUAUUCGGAUAAA